GACUUUCAAAUUUGACCAGGAAAGAUUAAACAUGGGUUACCCGGAACAGAAAGGCCUUACCCUGCAUACCGUAAAGACAAGUUCUUGCGGAGAAUUAAAAGUCUACUCAGAGGGUAAUCUUGAGCAUGCGCAGAAGGAGGAGAUUUGUGCUUUCCUCACUGUUCAUGAUAUGGGAAGCAACUAUGAGUCAAUGGUCGAGUUCACCCAUCAACCCUGCAUGGAAGGGAUGAGGCAACGCGCCGUGUUCCUCCACGUCGUGGUUCCAGGACAGGAGGAGGGAGCACAGGAUUUGAACCCAGAGUUUCACUUCCCAUCCAUGCAGGAGCUAGGAGAGACUCUCGUUGAUGUUCUUGACCAGCUGAACUUGAAAUAUGUUCUGGGACUUGGAGAGGGAGCCGGAGCUAAUAUCAUCACCAGGUUUGGAAUGAAGCAUCCAACCAGAUGCCUGGGAAUUGUUCUGAUACAUCCGACUUCAACUACAGCUGGAGUGAUGGAACACUUCAAAGACAAGAUUAUUGCCUGGAAGCUGACAACAGUUGGACAUAAUCCAACAGCUGAGGAGUAUCUAGUAUUCCAUAAAUUCGGCCAAGGAGUGGAGGCAGCGAAAGACAAGGUGAAGGCAAUGGAGGAGUUUAGAGAGACUCUUCACACUCAGAUAAAUCCAAGUGAUAGUGUUAAUGAAAAGAAGCUUUCCAAUGAUGUAACAUCUUUAACAUUUGGACUUCAAACAUGGGAUUUAAACCUAUCUACCCACCUAGAGCAGGAGCUCAAGUGUGACACCUUGCUUGUUGUUGGAUCCAAGUCGUCUUUCCUUCACACCACUGAGACCAUGUAUUCUCAUUCUAAUCCAACAAAAACAAGCAUCCUCAGGAUUGAUGAUGUUGGCGAUGUACUCGAUGAAGCCCCUGAGAAGGUAUCCCAGAGUAUUCUUCUGUUUAGCCAAGGACUUGGUCUCUUCACCUCCCUGGGUCUGGGAGGAAAUAGAUCGAGGUCUGGGAGUAUGAUUCCACAUGACCGACGACCCAGCAAGUCCAUGGAACAAUAUGACCAGCCGAACGUGAAGAGAUUUGUACAUGAUCUAGUCCCAGGAGAAAACCAACAAUGAACAGUUUGAGAAAAUAUGAAACCAACAAUUAACAGUUUGAGAAAAUAUGAAACCAAAAAUGAAAGUUUUUGAAAUUUAUCCUUAAGUAGUUGUGCACCAUAGAGAGGCACGUUAUUUAGUCUAAAUCUUUAAAAUUGAUAUUGUUAUAGUAUACAGUACAUGCGUAAAUGUUAUUUAUUAAAACUCAAAUUUAUACGUUUUUUGAUAAAUUUCAGAUUCCAGAUUAACCAUUUCAUAAAUGUUAGAUGUAAGUUAGAUUCAAGAGAGUUAAUUAGUUUUUUUAAAUACAAAAAAAACAAGGCCCCUGUCGCCCCUCUUUCACAUUUUAAACUCUUCUAGUCUCAGAGUUAACUAUGAUAAGCAUAGAAUUAAAAAUAUAAAAAUUACACUUUUCAUUGUUUGUAAAAUAUAUUUUUAUCUGUUUCAAAGAUUAUCCUUUUAGGCAACAGUAUCAUUAUAAAGGAAAUAAAAUUAAAAGCAGGUUUGUCUCACACACAUUUUAUUCACAAUCUUAACUAAUUUUAUGUAAAUGCAAAUUUACUGAAAAAGAAAAAGUUUAUUGUUUAAAACCUUGACAGAAUUGUAGAAUUGUAUUUGUGAAA